AUGGCCAACGCUUGUGCCCACCAGUUUCGAAUGAUCAAAUCAGACAAUACUCUGGUCCAGUGGAUUUGCCAACACUGUCGCUCUGGUCCCCAUUGGAUGAUUUGGGAAUGCACAUAUUGCAAGUUGCAUCUAUGCCGACCUUGCACGCAGUGUGCUUGA